AUGUUUGCUCCCGGUCAAGAACAGCUUUCCAAGGAGGAGCUUAGAGUAAAUCUCCCUCUUAUCCCCUUCGAACCGCCUCUGGCGCUGCCAUGCGCCUUGCUCGAGACGACCUCGUCGUAUAUGUUGUCGCAUGCAUGUAUGCUAACUGCAACCCUACAGGCUGCUGAGGCUCAGGCCAGCCAGACCGUCCGCGCUGCUAUCACCGGCGGUAUCCUUCUCUACCUUUGUGAGUGCCCAUGA